GCCGCCCGGGCCCUCCCGCACGACGCCGGGGCCCGGGGCCAGCGCGCCGCCGCUCCACGCUCGCCCCGGGGCAGCGGGCGGCCCCGACCCCGCGGGCGCCGCGCCUCCCCCGCUGCAGCGGAGCGGGCGGACGGACCGGAGGGCGAGCGGCCCAGCCGGCGGGGUCCGCAGCGCGCCCGGCGUCCCAUGGAUAUAGCAACAGGUCCCGAGUCGCUGGAGAGGUGCUUCCCUCGCGGGCAGACGGACUGCGCCAAGAUGUUGGACGGCAUCAAGAUGGAGGAGCACGCCCUACGCCCCGGGCCCGCCACCCUGGGUGUGCUGCUGGGCUCCGACUGCCCGCAUCCCGCCGUCUGCGAGGGCUGCCAGCGGCCCAUCUCCGACCGCUUCCUGAUGCGAGUCAACGAGUCGUCCUGGCACGAGGAGUGUUUGCAGUGCGCGGCAUGUCAGCAAGCCCUCACCACCAGCUGCUACUUCCGGGAUCGGAAACUGUACUGCAAACAAGACUACCAACAGCUCUUCGCGGCAAAGUGCAGCGGCUGCAUGGAGAAGAUCGCACCCACUGAGUUCGUCAUGCGGGCGCUCGAGUGUGUGUACCACCUGGGCUGUUUCUGCUGCUGUGUGUGCGAGAGGCAGCUGCGGAAGGGUGAUGAGUUCGUGCUCAAGGAGGGCCAGCUGCUGUGCAAGGGUGACUACGAGAAGGAGAAAGACCUCCUCAGCUCCGUGAGCCCGGAUGAGUCUGACUCUGUGAAGAGUGAGGAUGAAGAUGGAGACAUGAAGCCAGCCAAGGGGCAGGGCAGCCAGAAUAAGGGCAGUGGGGAUGACGGGAAGGACCCGAGAAGGCCCAAACGGCCCCGGACCAUCCUCACCACACAGCAGCGAAGAGCUUUCAAGGCUUCGUUUGAGGUCUCCUCCAAGCCCUGUCGGAAGGUCCGAGAGACACUAGCCGCAGAGACAGGCCUCAGUGUGCGUGUGGUCCAGGUCUGGUUUCAGAACCAAAGAGCAAAGAUGAAGAAGCUGGCCCGGAGGCACCAGCAACAGCAAGAGCAGCAGAACUCCCAGCGGCUGGGCCAAGGUGAGCCUCAGGGACACGGGGAGCAGAGACAUUCACUGUCCUCAGAGGUUCUGUCAAGCCGCAUGGAGGGCAUGAUGGCCUCCUACACGCCGCUGGCCCCUCCGCAGCAGCAGAUCGUGGCCAUGGAGCAGAGCCCCUACGGAAGCAGCGACCCCUUCCAGCAGGGCCUCACGCCGCCCCAAAUGCCAGGAAAUGACUCCAUUUUCCACGAUAUCGAUAGUGAUACCUCCCUCACCAGCCUCAGCGACUGCUUCCUCGGCUCUUCCGACGUGGGCUCCCUGCAGGCCCGUGUGGGGAACCCCAUCGACCGGCUCUACUCCAUGCAGAGCUCCUACUUUGCCUCCUGAGAGCCGGCUGGGCCGCAUGGACGCUUGGGCCUGGGCCUAGGGUGGGACCACAGGCCUCUGCAGCCAGCCGGCCCCCCAGCCCGCCACCCGCUCAGACUCUACAGACAGCCAUACGGUGCCCUCCCCUCGGCCAGCCAGACCUGGCUCAAGUGCCCGCCGGGCACAGCCAGACAAGGCAGAUGGGUGCAGCCUGGGCAGGGACUGUGUCCUGCCCACAGAGACCUUGUGACCCCUGGGGACCCAGAGCUCUUGGACAGCCACUCGCCUCCCAGCCCUGUGACUUCGUCACUACCUUCCCCGUCCCCAACUCUUUUUUGGGGAAGCUUAAAUUUGUUCUUCUUUCGUUGUUUUUUUAAACAUUCUGUUUUCAGCCAACCUCCAUUGUCCCUGCAAGGCCAGCCCUGGGACAGUGCCUGGUACCUGAGAAACAGUUAUACGGGUGUCCUGCGCUGGAGACCACUUCCCCUUCUGGUCAGCGCAGGGGAUGGUUUCUGGGUCCUAGGAGGCCCAGGGUCACUGUUUCCAGCUCUAAGCUGGAGCACAGGAGAGGAGGGCCCAUGCAGGUGUGGCAGGCUCUUUGGCCCUGCCUGAACCCUAGUCUCCACAAGAGGAGGGAUGUGGACAGAGCCCAGAGAGACCCAGAGGGACAGAGAUGCACACAUAAAGCCACACACACCUGAAGGCACACCUGUGCAAGCAUGCAUGUGCACCUGGGUGCACAGGCACACGCAGUGGAAGAGGUUGCCAUUCCUUCCAGGAAGCAGAGCGAGAUCAGUGGGUAGGGCCUACCUCUGAGAGCAAUUGGAGAGGGAGGGGGGGAGGCCUGGGGGAGGCAGGGGGACCUAGGUGGGUCCCAGGCUCUGACUGUACAGGUCAUGACUGCCAGGGCAGGAGAGUAGUCACAGAUCUCCCAGGUCCCAGGCCACAGCAGAUACUCCAGAUGGAAAGGACCUCAAGAGUCUGUUUCUUAACACCAUCUGAUACUUAUUCCCUCCGGUCCUUCUCCUUACACAGGGCCAGCAAUAGAAGCCCAGGCCAGCUGCCCUUCUUGCGGGCUCCCCUGACCCCCAGUCUCCUCUUGUGUGUACGCCGAGACUGUGUAUUGAUUGGCAGGGCUCCUGCCUGCUCUGCAAGGGUGGGACAGCUGUAACCAACUUCCCUCUUGACAUUAGCCAGCUCACGCUGAAAAGGCCCAGCACCUCCUCCGCUUUUGGUACCUUAGCUCUGCUGAUGUGACUUAUGUCUCAUGACUUUGGAGCCCCACUCUUGUUCUAUAAUGACGCCCCCCCCCGUCCCCGGGGCCUCACAUAGGCACAGUGACAAGCUACAACUCCCUCAGUCUGUGUGAGUGGGAUGCCGAUUGCUUAGAGCCCAUGGAAGACCAUGGCUUGUACCUGGUUGCCUUUCCUUUGGUUGACUCAGUCAGUUUGGGGCAUUGCUCUGAAGCCACUGUAUCCCCUCCAUCUGCCUCAGCUGGGUAAGGUCAGCCCUGUGGGCCCCCUCCCUGCGCAACCUCACACAGUAUAGAGCCCACCAGCAUUUCACCCUCACUGUCACCCCAGCCCCUGGUCUCCAGACUCUUCUUGCCCAAAGCUGAAGCCAUGAUGGGUCUUUCCUUGGCAACGCCCCCGCCCCUUACUGGCCUCUGGCAGGCACUGUGUCCAUGGCCAGAUGCCUGGGAGAUGCUGCCAUCCAUUUAAUGCAGAAUCUUAACCACCCCUCACCCGCCCACCCAUCCUGAUGUCUGCUGAGCUCUAGCCCUGGGCAGUAGGGAUGAGGAUCUCUGUCACCACUUUGGGCCCUUGUGCCUGGCAAGUUAAGCUAUGUGGGCUUAUUUUCUGUCCUGGAGACCUCAGACCCCUUAACCCCACCCAGAUGUCACGAUAUGGAGUCAGCAGGGAGGGCAGCCAGCACAGCCCCACUGUGUCCCUCGUUUUAUAAAAGGGACAUCACUAGUGUCCAUGCUGAAGUCGUGGUGGUCCUGAGCCAGCUGCUUUCCUGGGAUGCACCCUUUCUUCUUCUGGCACAGACCCCUGUGUGUGCCCUGGCUGAACUGUACAGGGCACACUCGAGGGAGACCCAGGGUAGACAGAUAUGAGCUCCCAGGAGACCCGGUCUACUCUUACCCACUUUGUAAGUUGGAAGACGCAAUACCAAUGGGCUGUGUGGCCGUUGAGAAAUCGGAGACAGGAGCUCAAGGCUUUACAGCAACAAAGUGGCAGAGCUGCAGCUGAGGAGAGGACAGUAGGUCUGUCCCCAUCUCUGUCGCACGAAUGCCCCCACCCCUACCCCCACCAGGGACCAAUGUGUUCUAUCCACACCUGUUGGUCCCAAGGGUCCUCCCUUCCUCUUUUGGGGUCUCCAAACCCCAAGUCCAGCCCCUGGCCUCUGCUGUCCCCAUGCUGGUGUCCCCAGCUAGAAGACAUCAUCAGGACACUUCUAAGUUGCUAGAGGAGGGACCCCAGCCAUCACACAGGAGAUGCCCGGGCAGCCAUUCUCAGGAUUCUUUCACCGUGGCUGUGGCCUGCUGCCCUGCUGAGACAACAUGCCAGCCCUGACCUGCUGCAGGGACAAGGGCUUCUGUCCUGUGGGAAGAGACAGCCUUCGAUCCAGCCCUGCCCAGACCUUGUUAGAUAGCACAGACAGGUUUCAGAGCUGAGGUUGUAAGAAGUGGUGUAGGGCUGGGGGGUGGGAGGAGCAGAAGGAUGUGGGAGUAUGAGGUAGAAAUUGAGAGAUGGGUAGGGGUUUCAGGGAAAAACCAAGUCCCACCUCCUGGCUAUGGGUGUGGCAUGUUGAGGCUCAGUCCGAGAGGAAGGAACCUGUCCAGGUGUCACACAGGAGUGACAAGAACCUGAGCUUUGUCCCAGGAAGGGCCCUAUCUGUGGAUUCAUUCCGUGAGGCUUCCCCACACUCUGCUGUCCUCAGAGACGCAGAGGGGGCCACACACAGAUACUGCACCAGGUGUGAGAGUCAGACCAAGCAGUGGCAUAGGUAGAUGCUGUCAUGGAGGCUUCCUGGGGGGAUGGGGUGUGGACAUAGAGGAACUGCCCUCCCAUGAAGCCCAGCUGAGGGCAAUCUCUCCUUUAGGGUCAUCCCUUUGAAGUGAGACCACCUCCUGGUCUGUCUGGAUGUCUCCCCUGCUCAGCGGGGGAAGAUGGACUCAGAGCUCUGGGCACCCCUAGGACCAGGGGGACGCUGCAGCCCAGGGCUGACCACUGUGUGGAAGGGGCAGCACACUCACGUAUGUGCACACACACUCACACCUGACACAAGGAGGCUCACACGUGGCCUGGGAGCAGGGAAGCAGGAAGGACCCUUCAACAUGUGGCCCUUGACAGGGGCAAUGGCCAAUGGUCACUGGGCUGCUGCCCUGCCCUGGGUCCCACUUAGAGGGGGAUUUGUUGCAGCUUGGGCUGGGGCCAGGCCACCCAUCGUAUUCUUUCCGUUUACCUUGUACAGACUGCCCGCCCGCCAUCCCCACACACAUUUUAUUUAAUAACUUGUCAUUGUUAAAUUAUUUAUUAGCGUUUCCACAUCACCACCCCCGCCUUCCACUCACCUUCUGCCUCUUCCCACAAAAGCAGAAAAUGGAAACAGCGAGGAAAAAAAAAAGACGAGAUGUUGGUAUAUUUGUAAAUAAAGAACCUGUACACUCC